CAUUAAGCCUCCCUCCAACCUCAGUCCCAACCUGAAGAGUCUACUCCCCUGGUGAAGUCUUAGCUCACAAGAGCCUUCUGAAACGAGAAGCCAGGAAGACUCAGUGAAAGCCUCCUCCUUAAGUUUCGUGGAGAGAGACAGAGGUGUAGAACCAUCCUUACUGCCACCUGACCCGAAGCAGGAGAAACCGGUGACAGCUUGGAGACCAGGUAACACCAGGAGGCACAGUCUCGCGCGCAGCCUUCCCAGCAGGACACAGUGGGGACUUCAGCCCUGGUUCCGCUGAUGAGGGGAUCUAACCCGGGGGCCUCCAUGUGUACCACCAGCACCUGUGACCUGGAGGACAUUCCCCUGGAUGACGAUGACCCAGACAGCAUGGAAUUCAAAAUCCUGGAGUUCUACGUCAAACACCAUGUCUUCAGGAACACCUCUGCUGUCCUCUCACCAAAGCCCCUGAGAACAAGAAGUUUGUCCCAGAGAGGACCGGGGCCAGCAAUCGAGGCCUGGGCUCAGGGGCCAUGGCCGUGCAGAAAUUCCCAAUCCAGCGAGAAGGCCGUACACCUUGCCAAGAAGAAGUCGUCUUGGAGAACACUCUUCGGAGUAGUGGAGAAGGAGGAUGAUUCACAGAGCUCACCUCCGGAGAUCCGUGCUCAGGGGCAAAGGGCCGGCAAACCUCAGAGCGGUCCCCGCAGUCAGCAGCGGCCUCUGUCCCUCUCUACAGCGGAACGGCGCUCAGAGCAUCAAGCUGUGGACCCCAAAGUCGUUUCCAUCGCCAACCGAGUUGCUGAAAUUGUUUACUCCUGGCCGCCACCAGAAGAGCAGCACAACCUCUUAAAGGGAGGAGGCUUCCAGUCCACGGGGACUUUUGUACUACAGGGUCUCCAGCUCCAGGGCCCCCAGCUCCAGGGCCCCCAGCCUAAAGCCCCAAGUGCGAAGAAAGAUGGAGAAGACCAAAUUAUAGCCAAAAUCGUUGAGCUGCUGAAAUAUUCAGGGGAUCAGUUGGAAAGAGAGCUGAAGAAAGACAAGGCUUUGAUGAGCAGAUUCCAGGAUGGGCUGACCUACCCUGUUUUCAAGACCAUCACAGACCAGUUCCUAAGGGCUGUGGACACCAGAGGAGAAUCAGAGGUCAAAGUUCACAGCUUUAAGGCUGCUCUUGCAAUAGACGCCAUGUCCAAGCUCACAGCCAUCGACAACCACCCCAUGAACAAGGUGCUGGGCUUUGGAGCCAAGUACCUGAAAGAGAACUUCACGCCCUGGAUCCAGCAGCAUGGUGGAUGGGAAAAAGUACUUGGGGUAUCAGACGAAGAAGUACAGAGGAGAUCACAUGAAGAAGUAGACUGAAGCAUCUGAGGAUUUGUGACCUGGGAUACCCAUGGUCCAGCUCUGGCCUUGCGUGCAUCAGUCUCAGCACAGACGACGGGAGAAAACAAAAAUGUACAAGCCAGGUGGAGCAUCAAAGCCUGCACAACCGUUCUUCCUGUCAACCCAGAGGCAUCAGGAGAGGCCUGGGUCGUCCCUAGCUCACAGAAAGUAGAAGCGUGGCCCUUGACACCCAUGUUUUCAGGUCCUCCAUCGAGUAUGUGAGGAAGUCUAGAAAGACCAGUGGUAAUUUUCCCUUCAGAGGCUUACAACAGAAACCACCCUCCUGCCUCUGCUGGCCACUUUAGGGAAGUACGUGACGGAUACUCGUUGACCUCAUGAGGGUGAAAUGAUAAAAUGGUGCAUGUGCUUAUUACUCUUUGGGUUCUAGUACUAUUUAUUUUUUAAACUUCACUUGGGAUGGCCCAGUAACGACAUUGUUUCAAGCCUACCUUUAGGAUGGCGUGGCUGUUCAUGUUGGUAGAUACUGCUCAUGGAGACACUGCCAUAGCUACCUUUUGGACUCAGUCUCUUGGAGAAUUUUCUGGCUGUUUGUAAAAUCUUCCAUCUGGCAGAAAACAAUUACUCCUGCCACCCUCAGCUAUCUCACUGACCCCGUCUCUACUUCUCAAGUUUCCUGGGACUUUUUGUUUGUUCGUUUGUUUUUUGAGGUAGUGUAAUGAUUAGUAGUUGGUAAAAUAAAUAAUGUGGAAAGACAACUGU